AUGGCGGAAAGUGAGCCCCCGAAACCGAAACCUCGACCAAUCGUCCGUAUUGGCCUCUUUCUUAUCUCUCACAGCCUCCUCGUUAGUGUUGUUUGCAUUACAGCAGGGCUUCUGGCUCUUUUGUUGUUGCCUGUUCUUGCCAAGAACACCUACAUUUCCGAAAAUGCCCUCAUGCCUGGUUCUGCAAGUCCAAUGCUCUCUACUGUUGAUGUUUCGGUGGCAAAUACAUUCGUGAACGAGAUAACUAGCCUGAACUUGAAAUCUACUAGCACAGACAUAGAAAUUCCAAAACUGAUAGCACAGCGUGUGGCAGACUUGGGUGGUGAAGUUAGUUAUAACAAGUUCCACCCCCUGUUGAAUAAGUUUCAUCCUCUGAACUUUUUUUCUAGCCCUAAUCCUGCAGCAGUCCAAGAGAAUUAUAGUUGCUCAUCAUUUGGUGUCAAUACUGUUGGAAUUAUAAGAGCUCCACGUGGUGAUGGGAAAGAAGCUAUUGUGCUGGUGACACCUUACAAUACUGUAAACAUCACUCUGGGUGAGGCUUUAUCAUUAGGCAUUGCUUACUCUGUGUUUUCUUUACUCACCCGAGUUACUUGGCUGGCCAAGGAUAUUGUAUGGCUUGCUGCAGAUUCACAGCAUGGAGAAUAUGCUUCCGUUGCUGCUUGGCUAAGAGAUUAUCAUACACCUGUAUUUGGUGGCUUGGGCAAAUUGAAUACUGAAAUGUGUCAUGAAAGAAAUAAUCCUUAUGAGUGGAAAAAAACACUGACAACAGCAACAGAAAUGUCUGAUGAUUUUCAACGUGCUGGGACGAUUGCUGCUGCCCUUGUCAUUAAGGUCGCAGAUAACAGUGAAGAGUUUGAAAAGGAUGCUCUCAGCAUAUAUGCUGAGGCAUCCAAUGGGCAGAUGCCAAACCUAGACCUCAUCAAUGUCGUGAAUUAUUUGGCAGUACAUAGGCAGGGUUUACAGGUGAAGGUGGAGAAAUUGUGGUCGUUACUUGAUUCCACGUGGCUGAAGAGUCUGGGUGACUUAUUUGAGACGUUAGGAAAAGUGGCUAGAAGCUUAAAUCGUCAAUGGAAUUUUGGUAUACCUGUUGCAGAGUAUGUUGAUGGCACUGCUACGCUUGCCAGUUCACUAUAUAACCAGGCUUUAGGUGUUCCUACCGGCCCCCAUGGUGCUUUUCGUGAUUAUCAAGUUGAUGCUGUUACUAUAGAGAUGUCACCCAAGGCUUUUUCAAAAUAUAACGGCAGGCAAAACGAGGUUCUUCUGCGAGGUGGCAGGUUAAUUGAAGGAGUUAUCUUGUCUGUUAAUAACCUCCUUGAGAAGUUUCACCAGUCCUUUUUCUUAUACCUGUUAACUUCUCCAAGUCGGUUUGUGUCAGUUGGAGUCUACAUGAUUGCUUUUGCAUUGCUUGUUGCUCCCCUUCCAAUGGUGGCUGCUUCUCUGUAUUCUGAUGCUAAUAAAAGGAAUCCUAGUUUUGAGAAAGGCAAACUCACCAGUUUCCCAGCCGCUGCUGAUGAGCCUGCCAUCAGUUUCAGAUCAUGGAAAUGGCUUCAUGCAGCAAAAGUGGUAUUUGUUGUACAUUUAUGGGGUGUAAUCCUGACAUUACUUCCUUAUUGUAUAUAUCAGAUACCCAAUCUCUCGCCGACAACCAGUCUUUUAACCUGGGUUCUGCUUUCGAUGAUCAGCCUUCUUAUCUUGCACUUGGUUUUGGGUUCCCCUUUUUCACUUGUCGAUGUCUCUCAGCCUCAAGGAAAUGAAUGGGCUCUCUUGAAAUCAGUAAUGAUCACAGCCACCUUCACAGGACUCUGUCUAAUGUCAGUCAUAAACUUUGCAACAGCAGAGAUCGGUGCUCUGCUGGUAGUGCCAAUGUGUUUGAUGGCUGCACCUUUGAGGCUUGAUUUAAGAGUGAAGAAUUCGAGGGCAUGUGCAAGGGCAGCUAGUAAUCUAUUAUUGGUAUUCAUCGGGUUUCCUCUGGUUGCAUUUCUUGUGUUAAUAGGCGCAUUACAAGGUUUUGACAGUAUCAGUGCUGGUGAAUUCUGGAAUUGGAUGGAGUCCCUUUGGAAAUGGAACAGUGCCACCUACAUCUAUUUAUCUUGGUUAGCCUCGUUUUAUUACUUCACUUCAGAUGAUCGGGACAUGAGAGGUUGCAGGUGCGGUGCUGAGAACCUGUUUAUCUGUUUCUGCAAACCAUGACAAGUUGCUGUCUUCGGUCACUUGUCUUUGUUGAAGUAUAAAAUGCUUAUGUUAGGUCCAUUCUAUCAAUUUAAGCUUUUGGAUGAGUCUCUGGUUCAAAUCUAAUUCUUACGAACGACAAUGUCACCUUUCAGAUUCACUUGCAUAACAGAUGUUCAAGAAUCCUAUUAGU